AUGGGGCCAUUUCCAUCUUCUUUUGGAAAUCAAUACAUCUUCGUAGCGGUUGACUAUGUUUCCAAAUGGAUUGAGGCCAUCACCUCUCCUACUAAUGAUGCAAAAGUAGUAAUGAAACUAUUUAAGAAAAUAAUUUUUCCAAGGUUUAGGGUGCCAAGGGUUGUAAUAAGCGACGGAGGGUCUCACUUCAUUUCUAAACAUUUUGAAAAACUUUUACAAAAAUUUGGAGUGAAACACAAAGUUGCAACCCCAUACCAUCCACAAAGAAGUGGCCAAGUUGAAGUUUCAAAUAGGCAAAUAAAGGCUAUUCUUGAAAAUACUAUUUCAAUUUCUAGAAAAUAUUGGUCAAUUAAGCUUGAUAAUGCUCUUUGGGCUUAUCGAACGGCAUACAAGAAUCCCAUUGGAAUUACUCUUUUCAAACUAAUUUAUGGGAAGUCUUGUCACCUUCCGGUAGAACUACAGCACAAAGCUUAUUGGGCAAUUAAGAACCUCAACUUAGACCCAAAAUUAGCUGGAGAGAAAAGAAAACUUCAAUUAAGCGAGUUAGAAGAACUUAGGAUGGAUGCUUAUGAAAAUGCCCGCAUUUACAAAGAAAGAACUAAAAAAUGGCAUGACAAGCAUAUCAUAAAAAAAGACUUCAAGAGCGCUGACCUCGUGCUGCUCUUCAACUCUAGAUUGAAAGUUUUUCGAGGAAAACUAAGGUCGAGAUGGUCCGGCCCUUUUCAAGUCCGUAAGGUCUACCUUUAUGGGGCUAUCGAGAUUUUUCUGAAGAAAGCGGACCAUUCAAAGUUAAUGGCCAAAGGCUAA